CAAUAUUUAACGGUCUAUAUAUUCAUUAAAUUAUUAAACAUGUUGAGGUGGAAAACUCGGCGUGUUUAAUUUCUAUCGACAUGCAUACUUCGGCCAGGGGCUCUGUACGUUGGACAAUGAAAAGUACGCAAAAAAACAACAACAACAAAAAAAGCAAGCGGUGUCGUGUACAUGCUAGUCAUGCGUCAUGACGUAGAGGUUGUGAGUGGCUGUAGUCGCCGUCCGAUUGCUUUGGAAAAGUGGUGCUUUGAAGACAAUCCACUAAGCCCCACGACGCAAAGUAAUCGACUGAAAGGUGUCAGAUAUUUUUGGACAAGAAUCCGUUCAAUCUCGCUACUACUUCGAGUCGUUUGGGUGCACGUUGAAACGUCGAGGCCUGCUUUGUUAGCCUAGCCUAGUUCAGCAGCUAACAAAAGAGAACAAACAACGCGCCUGGGAUAAACACGUCAGCGAGCAAGCAAACGUCAAGCCCCAAAAUGUCAGAUGUCAGUCAAGCGCAUCGUCCUGAACGCCAGGAGUCUCCUAGCAUGGAGGAAGAGUCGCCAUACAUCAAGAAGGUGGAGGUAGAACUGGUCCACAUUAAAGAGGAGCAGGAGGAGUAUUUCAUUAGAGUAGUGAACCCCCACAUUGAGGAGCAGCAGCAACCUCAUCACCUCCAAAAAGAGGAGGGGGACCCUCCAUAUGUUAAAGUGGAGGUGGUGGACAUCCCCAAGUGUACUGAUGAGCCCUUAAAGGGUGAAGAUGGCGGUGUGAGUGAGGCCAGCAGAGGGUCGGAGCCUCAGAAUGCCAGCAACAGCAGUUCAAAAGAAGGAUCCCAAGCAGACAACCUCAUCGCUCGACCAUCAGAGAGUGACGAUUUCACAUCACACUCCCUGUUCUGUUUCAGCAAAUAUCUUGGUCCUGAUGCUCAACAGCUAAAGAGAGAAGUACAACUUCCAAUCAAAAAGGAGGAGGUAGAACUGCCAUACGUGAAAGAUGAGGACGAUAUCACCAUGUCAACUGCUGAGCCCUUGAAUAGCAAGGAUGGUCCGAGUGAGGCUAGCAGAGGGACGGAGCCUCCAAGCAGCAGCUCAACGGAAGGAUCGCAAGCACACAUUUUCAUCGCACCAACAGAUAGAAAUGGUGCCAUGUCACACUCACCUUACAAAGAUGAUGGUCAGAAGAAAUCUCACCGAGACGACAAACUCUGCAAAUGCUCUCAGUGUGGGAAAACCUUCGUUAAUAACGAUAGUUUUCGUAUGCAUAUGAGCAGCCACACUGGUGAAAAACCUUUUUCCUGCUCAGUUUGUGGUCGAAAAUUCACUCAGAAGAGGAACUUAGACAGCCACACAAGAAUCCACACUGGUGAAAAACCUUUUUCCUGCUCAGUUUGUGGUCAGGGAUUCAAUAGAAAGCAAAACUUAAAAAUACACACAAGAACCCACACUGGUGAAAAACCUUUUUCCUGCUCAGUUUGUGGUCGAAAAUUCACUCAGAAGAGGAACUUGGACUGCCACACAAGAACCCACUCUGGUGAAAAACCUUUUUCCUGCUCAGUUUGUGGUCAAAGAUUCAAUAGUAAGCAAAACUUAAAAAUACACACAAGAACCCACACUGGUGAAAAACCUUUUUCCUGCUCAGUUUGUGGUCGUAAAUUCACUCAGAAGAGGAACUUGGACUGCCACACAAGAACCCACUCUGGUGAAAAACCUUUUUCCUGCUCAGUUUGUGGUCAGGGAUUCAAUAGAAAGCAAAACUUAAAAAUACACACAAGAACCCACACUGGUGAAAAACCUUUUUCCUGCUCAGUUUGUGGUCAAGGAUUCAAUAGAAAGCAAAACUUAAAAAUACACACAAGAACCCACACUGGUGAAAAACCUUUUUCCUGCUCAGUUUGUGGUCAAGGAUUCAAUAGAAAGCACAACUUAAAAAUACACACAAGAACCCACAAUGGUGAAAAAUCUUUUUCCUGCUCAGUUUGUGGUCGAAAAUUCACUCAGAAGAGGAACUUGGACAGCCACACAAGAAACCACACUGGUGAAAAACCUUUUUCCUGCUCAGUUUGUGGUCGAGGAUUCCGUUAUAAGAGUGACUUAAAUGUACACACAAGAACCCACACUGGCGAAAAACCUUUUUCCUGCUCAGUUUGUGGUCAAGGAUUCACUCAAAUGCAACACUUAAAAGUACACACAAGAACCCACACUGGCGAAAAACCUUUUUCCUGCUCAGCUUGUAGUCAAGGAUUCAGACGUAAGAGUGACUUAAAUGUACACACAAGAACCCACACUGGCGAAAAACCUUUUUCGUGCUCAGUUUGUGGUCAAGGAUUCAGUCAUAAGAGUGGCUUAAAAGUACACACAAGAACCCACACUGGCGAAAAACCUUUUUCCUGCUCAUUUUGUGGUCAAGGAUUCAGUCAUAAGAGUGCCUUAAAAGUACACACAAGAACCCACACUGGCGAAAAACCUUUUUCCUGCUCAGUUUGUGGUCAAAGACUCAAUAGUAAGCAAGGCUUAAAAAUACACACAAGAACCCACACUGGCGAAAAACCUUUUUCGUGCUCAGUUUGUGGUCAAGGAUUCAGUCAUAAGAGUGGCUUAAAAGUACACACAAGAACCCACACUGGCGAAAAACCUUUUUCCUGCUCAGUUUGUGGUCGAGGAUUCCGUUAUAAGAGUGACUUAAAUGUACACACAAGAACCCACACUGGUGAAAAACCUUUUUCCUGCUCAGUUUGUGGUCAAGGAUUCAGUCGUAAGAGUGCCUUAAAAGUACACGCAAGAACCCACACUGGCGAAAAACCUUUUUCCUGCUCAGUUUGUGGUCAAUUAUUCACUCAAAUACAACACAUAAAAAUACACACAAGAACCCACACUGGUGAAAAACCUUUUUCCUGCUCAGUUUGUGGUCGAAAAUUCACUCAGAAGAGGAACUUGGACUGCCACACAAGAACCCACUCUGGUGAAAAACCUUUUUCCUGCUCAGCUUGUGGUCAAGGAUUCAGUCGUAAGAGUGCCUUAAAAGUACACACAAGAACCCACACAGGCGAAAAACCUUUUUCGUGCUCAAGGAUUCAGUCAUAAGAGUGCCUUAAAAGUACACAGAAGAACCCACACUGGCGAAAAACCUUUUUCCUGCUCAGUUUGUGGUCAAGUAUUCACUGAAAUUCAACAGUUAAAAGUACACACAAGAACCCACACUGGCGAAAAACCUUUUUCCUGCUCAGUUUGUG